ACAUGUCAACCAUUUUGCUCUACAAUUUUCGAUCCAAUUUUCCUCCACUGCUUCACUGGCAAGAUCACUGCAACGAUAAUGCCGAAGAAGGUGGAGUUAUUGGAGCAUUAUCAAGAGGAUGCAGAUGGCCCCAACGCUAAACCAUUAUCUCGCGAUGAUUUUCCCCCGAAUUUCUUCUUCGGCGUUGCCACUUCCGCUUAUCAGGUUGAAGGAGCUGCCAACGAGGGAGGCAGAGGCCCUUGCAUCUGGGAUGAAUUUACACAUAUUAAGGGCAAGAUUCUGGAUGGUGGCAAUGGUGAUGUAGCGGUGGACCAAUAUCACAGAUACAAGGAAGAUGUUGAACUUAUAUCAAAUUUGGGAUUUGAUGCUUAUCGCUUUUCAAUCUCAUGGUCCCGCAUAUUUCCUGAUGGUUUGGGGACCAAAGUCAAUGUUGAAGGGAUUAAUUACUACAAUAACCUAAUCAAUGCACUUCUUGAAAAGGGCAUUCAGCCUUAUGUAACAUUGUAUCAUUGGGACCUUCCUUUGCAUCUCCAGGAGGCAAUUGGAGGGUGGCUAAACAAAGAAAUUGUAAAUUACUUCGCAACCUAUGCAGAAACUUGUUUUUCAAGUUUUGGUGAUAGAGUAAAGAACUGGAUUACAAUUAAUGAGCCUCUUCAAACUUCCGUGAAUGGACAUGGAAUUGGUAUCUUUGCUCCUGGAAGAUGGGAAAAUUCAUCAGUUGAACAAUAUUUGACUGCACACCACCAGAUCUUGGCACAUUCAGCUGCUGUAUCCAUUUAUCGAAAGAAGUAUAAGGAACAUCAGGGAGGACAAAUAGGCCUGUCUGUAGAUUGUGAAUGGUCAGAACCUAACACAGAUACAGUUGAAGACAGGACUGCUGCAUCAAGACGCCUAGAUUUUCAUUUUGGAUGGUACUUGCACCCAAUAUAUUUUGGAGAUUAUCCUGAAGUUAUGCGUGAACAACUUGGAGAUAACCUUCCGAAAUUCAGUGAUGAAGAAAAGGAGUUGAUUAUGAAUAGUGUGGACUUUGUGGGUCUGAAUCACUACACAUCGAGGUUUAUUGCUGAUGCAGCAGAGAGUCCUGAUGGUGGGGAUUUCUACAAAUCACAAAAGAUGGCAAGACUUGUUCACUGGGAAGACGGUGAGCUUAUCGGUGAGAAGGCGGCAUCGGAAUGGCUUUAUGUUGUUCCUUGGGGAUUCAGAAAGGUCCUAAACUACAUAAAACAGAAAUACAAUAAUCCAAUUAUCAUCAUAACUGAGAACGGCAUGGAUGAUGAAGAAAAUGAACUUUGCCCACUUCACGAGAUGCUUGAUGACAAAAUGAGAGUUGGUUAUUUCAAGAGUUAUUUGGCUGAAUUAUCCAAGGCAAUCAGGGAUGGAGUAGAUGUUAGGGGUUACUUUGCAUGGACGCUAUUGGACAACUUUGAGUGGGCUCAAGGCUACACCAAGCGAUUUGGAUUGGUAUAUGUGGACUACAAAAAUGGCCUAACUCGCCAUCCUAAAUCUUCUGCAUAUUGGUUCCGUCGCUUCUUGAAAGGUUCUGAUGAGAAAAAUGGCAAACAAGAGUGAAACACUCCUUCCUUUUAAUGAAGAUAAAAUAAUGGGCAGAAAGGAUUCUUGCAUGGGAUGAAAUACAAGCCACCCAAGGAGAAUCUAUUUGCAUGUUCCUGUUGGUCGACGAUCAAUAAUUAGAAUAAGUCAUUAAGCUUGUUGACUUGAUGUAUGUUGUGUCGAGGAAGAAAAUAGAACUUUGUAAUACUACAGUGGAAACAAAUAUAAUUAUAUGUAUCCAAACAAUUGUGAUUCUCAAUCUUCUUAAAUUGACAAAUUUAUAAUAAAAUAAUAGAAUAAACAUUGAGAAAAA